AUGCUCGGUGCAACGAUCAUCAACCUGAAAUAUUUCUUUUAUCCGAUUGGUAAUACACCAGCCACCAACGUUUUCGUUUGUCGAGUCCUGCCGUCAGAAUAUGCACACGUUCAAUGGGAGUUUACCUGCUGCGAUGUUGAGGCUGCGAUCAUAGCACGAAACAUCCUCCUAUUUUCUCUGAUCGCCGAUAAUGCAUCGGAAGCGGCGAUAUGGAAUAUCUUCUACCACUUCUACGUGACAAAUGCUGACAUGACUUUGAUAAAGAGUCAGGCAAGUAAACUGCUAGUUUGUUCCGAAACACUCGAGACAUGGUUCUCCUCAAAGUAUGGUGCCUUCAUCAGCUUCAUGAGCCAAGAUACGCUCUCCCGCCUUCGACAAUUUUGGCAACAAUACUCGGAAAUGGCAAGUUUGAGUGCUCGCCAAAGAAACUCCUUUGAGGAGAAAACAAGAGAGGCGAUCAAAUCCACAUAUACAAAAAAAAUAGGGGACAAUGUCUUUACUACUAGCGGUCUUCGCUCAGCGGCGGUACACUGGGCUCGUGCGAUGCCGGUGCUCUCGUCUUGCUUUCAGCAAUUUUGGAAGACCGGCGUUGUGGCUGGUAAUUCGCCGGAUGUACAGAAUCUUGAGGUUGAUGGGCACGGGCGUGUGAACCCUUUAUUUGCUCUCUCGUCUGCACCAAACGGGAAAUUUGCUGUCCAUUACGGCACCGACCCGCUCCUUGGAUUUCACCUUGCCAGUGCAUUCGACGAUGAAACUUGCUCCGAGUGGGAUUUAAAAAAUAAGAUUGUUGGUCUAGCAAAAUCUCAAUUUUCAGAGUGGUGCGCCAGUUUCAAAGAACAGGUACACGCUAAUACUCUUUUCAUCAGAGUGUUUUGCGGGGAGGCUCUGCGCUUUUGUCAUGCUUUGCAAGCGGCCCAUCCUUCGACAUAUCAGAUUCCCAAAAUCGUGAGGGCAUACACGUAUCCGUGGGAUUCCACAGAGCUGGUUGUUCAGACCCUAGGUCCGAGGGGCGACAGCAAUUUAUAUGACAUUAUUGACACAUCUAAUCUAAUCGAUCAUGUUGGGAUGCUCAAUGUUUUACCGGCAGUUGUACCACUCUUAGCUCAUCGAAUAACCUCGGUUUUGUAUACAAAUGGCAUAUUACGGACGGCGGAAGAUACGACGACAACACUCUCUACUCUUUUAUGUUCAGACGUCGCUACGGCGUCUCUGAUCAUGGGACUUACACCUACCUCACAACUCCUUCCAUACACGGUUGAUGCUGUGGGAGUUGAGGCUGCGGUCGAUCUCAUCAUUCCUAAGGAAUUUGGUCGGCGGAGUCAAUACUAUGUGAGUAUUGCAUGGAGGAUACCCAACUUUGGAGACUGUUUCCAGGUGCAAGAAGACUUAUAUCCGUGCCAUCAACUUAUGUACGAACCGCAACAGCUUGCUAAGUACUUUUAUAAGCUUUAUUCAGCAAUGUUCAGCUAUGAAGAUAUGAGUAUAAUGAUGGAUUCCCUGAUGCGUCAGGUGAAGUCACCUCCAGCGGCAGAACUUCGAUACUACAAUCGCAUGACGUUUGUCAGUCUCCUCUUUCUUGCGAAGAAUCAUGUCUACACCGACUGGUUACCCUUUAUAAUGUMCCUUCUGGAUAUGAUACAAGCCGAUACAAGACUUCUUGUGGGAAGUAACAGCAUUCAAGAGCUUUAUGUAAUGCUCCACCUCUUCGGCCUAUUCACGAGUGAUGUCCUUCGACAACCGCCUCGCAGUGUCGGUAGAACCCCAUACGGACAACCUAGACCACGCGUCGCUGAUAGUGGGCUCUUGGGACGUGAAGACCUUCCGCCAGUUGUAUAUGUGGCUUUGACAGUUCCACGUCACAAACUCGAGGUUUUCACGCAAGAAAGCGACCCACGGGGCACACCAGGUCUUCAUAUCAGCGUCUCAAACAUAGAACAAGGCUUUGACAAUAGCUUUUAUGCAAUACAAUGCUUCUUCGGGCAGCUGAAGACACGGCAUAGUGAUCAUACUAUCUGUGAUAUUAUUCCUGACGAUCGCAAAUGGCAGGGGACUGCGGAUCUGAUCGUGACCUGUGCAGUUCCUACUUGGUCUUUACUACUAGGGCCUAAAAAGGGUAUUCGUAUUGCCUUGGCCGUAUCAACAACUCCUUUCACGUCUCGCUAUAUACCUCAGCUAGGUUUACGUCUGAGUGUGUACGAAUGCGGACUAGACAACCCCAAUCUGCAAAUUUUGAGUGGACCUCCUGGAGUCACAAGUUGGCCGCAGAGCACGCCUGCCACAACAGAGCAGAUUUUAUCCUCUGAGCGGGAAGCUUGCAUAGUGCAUCUGGACAAGGACUCAUGCGCCCACGCCUUGCAGGUCCGGAAAGCUUCGGAUGCCGCCGUAACAUGUGGCACAAAUUUCAAGGUCACGCAAAUUUCGCCAUGCACUAUGACUGUCCAAAUUGAGAACUUCGAUGACAUGCGAAUAUAUUAUCCAUUUCCUGUGGAUGGGGAACAGCAGAAGACGACUAUGAAAUCCGGGGCUAUUGAGAUGACGGUUCCGAUUGCUUCAGCGCUUUCUACUGGUGGAUACAAGCACAAUCUAUUCCCCUUAUCUAUCCAGAAAUCCGUGCUUCAGGAAAGCUUGAUUGGCUGGGGCAAUUCAUGGGCUGGACACUGA